ACUUAAGGUACCUAUUCCCUUGUAAAGUUCCUUGUUAGCUUUGGCGCUGGGCCCGAGUCUAAUGAACGAACGCGUACUGGUACUGUUCAUCUCUCUCAGUCCACCCACUCACUCCAUCAUUCCCGGAUCCAGGCUACUUGCCAUCAGUCCUGCAUCAGACCGUUAUAAUCCAUUAAUGCGCAUAUACAUAUGUGCCUCUCCGUCUCGACCAUCCUGUCCCAACCGACGCGGGCAAGUUUCCGGCGUGGGAACAUCUGGUCCGGGCCAGUGUAGCGGAGCUCGGGAGACUGGACCUCCUGGUCAGCAACUUCCGCAUCCUCGACGCGCGCCCGCUGCACCUCAUACCUUACGCUGCACGAGAUUGCUCUCGUCGAUGACCCCAACGCCUCUACUUCUGCCAUCCCUAAAGCUCAAGGACAGGAUAGCACCGGAAAACGUGCACCGAGUGAGAAAGAACAGAUCCUUAUCAUUAUCUUUUCAUUCACGUUCACCUGAGAGAGCCUCAGCGGAUGCUAACUCGGGACUGAAAACUGACACUGCCAUCUGCCGACAGACAAUCCACGGCCUUUUCUCCCAAACUCUUGUCUCUGAACAGCCUUCCCCCCCUCCGAUUCCCCACCGAAUAACUCCACACUUGCGCUUCUUCGUCUUGGCUAGGUCAUCCUGUCCCAAUUUGGAUACGAGUUCAUCAAAGACCCCGUAGGUCAGUCCUUCGAGGAUCACAUAGAGGGACCCCCCUUCCAAAAGUGAAGAAGAAAGAUACAAAAUCACAGCUUCCUCACAAAGUCACUGACAUGAUAAUCCGCAGGAGUCCGACUCGGCGGGUUCGGGUGCCCGUGGUCAAACGGCCGACAUGACGUCUGCAGGUACGGCACCAGAUCGGCCCGCACGGAUCUGGCCCGCACGCAUCCAUCUUGGGCGGGCUGCACACACCACUUGAUACAUUCGGGGAUAGUGGUGAACUCCUCCGACCUCAUAGUUCAAAUGAAAGCUUAAUCGCUUUCCUAUCUAUAGCAGAGUUCCACUCACUGGUUUUGUAAAUGCUUAUCGCUUAAUGAGUCCACCCGUGCCCCAUUGAUUCCUUGCCAGUGAGGCAGCGAAA